UCUCUCGCCAACAUCACCCCUUCAACUAAACCCGCCUUCAGCGCCCAUUCCACAGCAGUGCGCUCGUCAUGCUGCGCUCUUCUGUUGCACCGGGUCGGCAGCUGCUGUUGUCUUCCGCUCGCCAGCGGACGGCCUCGCAAUGGCUGUCUAGAGCUGGGGCAAGUAGCCGGCUCUCUGGUCAGAGAUUUUUUGCCGAUGCCAAAUCUCCUACCGGUGCUCCUACUCCUGCCUCACCUUCUUCCGAAACACCUAUCCUACCCGAGACUGUUCCUAAACCAUCGCCUAGUGAGCAAGGUUCUCAGGUCCCUCCUCCUCCACCUCCCACUCCGGUCCGUAAAACAGGGCGUUUCCGAAGGUUCCUUCUCUACCUGAUUCUCACAUCUGGAUUCGCGUACGGUGGAGGUGUCUUCCUAGCCCUGAAGUCCGACAACUUCCAUGACUUCUUCACCGAAUAUAUCCCAUAUGGUGAGGAAGCUGUUCUUUAUUUCGAAGAAAGGGACUUCUAUCGUCGUUUCCCGAACACCCUGAAGGGCCAGGCCCGCAUCUCUGGUCCCAGAGAUGAAGGCAAGAAGAUCACAAUCCCCAGAGAAAGCGGCCUUACCUCGAAGGCCGCAGAGGAUCAGACCUCCAGUAGCGAUGUCUCUCAAAAAGGUCCCCACAUGAGUGCUGUCAAGGGUGACGAGGCUCAAAUCAAGACCGAGGCUGCUAAGCCAGAGCACAAGUCCGCCGCCGUCGAAAAGGCUAAGACCGACAAGGUUGUUAAGGAGCAGGCGCCAAAGAGCAGUGAUAAGAUCACUGAGGAGCCUAGACAACCAGCCCUGCCUUCCGUGACACCCUUGGAAUUCGCUCAGGUCAAUGAGGGAGACGAAGCUAUUGUGCAAGAAUUGGUGAAGACUUUCAACGACAUCAUUACCGUUAUUGGUGCCGAUGAGAACUCUGGCAAAUAUUCUGCACCCGUCGCUAAAGCCAAGGAGGAACUUCAGAACGUUGGACAGAAGAUCAUCGCGGUCAGGGAAGAAGCCCGUCGCGCAGCCCAGGAAGAGAUCACUAAAGCCCACGCCACUUUCGACGAGUCUGCUCGUGAGCUUAUUCGCCGGUUUGAAGAGACUCGUGCGGCUGAUGCUGCUCAGUUCAGGGAGGAGUUUGAAUCGGAGCGUGAGAAACUGGCCUUUGCCUACCAAGAGAAGAUUCAGACGGAGCUCCAGCGGGCUCAAGAAAUUGCCGAACAGCGUCUUAAGAAUGAAUUAGUCGAGCAAGCCAUUGAACUUAACCGCAAGUACCUUCACGAGGUGAAGGAUCUCGUCGAACGGGAGCGCGAGGGCCGUCUUAGCAAGCUCAACGAACUGACUGCUAACGUUAGCGAGCUAGAAAAACUUACUAGCAGUUGGAAGGAUGUCAUUGACACAAAUCUUAAGACCCAGCAACUUCAAGUCGCCGUGGAUGCUGUCCGCUCCGUUCUUGAGCGCUCAGGCUCUCGCCCAUUUGUCCGAGAGCUCGUUGCUGUGAAAGAAUUGGCUGCUGAUGAUCCUGUGGUUGAGGCUGCAAUUGCCUCCAUCAACCCUACAGCUUAUCAACGUGGCAUCCCGUCAAAGCCCCAGAUCAUUGAGCGUUUCCGUCGCGUCGCGGAUGAGGUUCGCAAGGCAAGCCUUUUGCCUGAGGAUGCAGGUAUCGCCAGCCACGCAGCCAGCCUUGUCUUGAGCAAGGUCAUGUUCAAGAAGGAUCCUGUUGCCGACAGUGACGAUGUUGAGAGUAUCCUCAUUCGGACUGAGAGCUUCCUGGAAAAAGGUGACAUUGAUGCCGCUGCCCGUGAGAUGAACAGCCUGAAGGGAUGGGCCAAGAUUUUGAGCAAGGAUUGGCUCGGAGAUGUGCGCAGAGUUCUGGAAGUGAAGCAAGCUCUAGAGGUGAUUGAAACUGAGGCGCGUCUCCAGUGCCUGAGGGUUGAAUAGAUCAAUAAAUAACACCAAUUCUUUUGUUUCCUGUAAUUUUUUGCGUUCCACCCACCGAAUCUGUACCUCUAGUUGUUCUCCUGCAUCGUUAGACCUCAAUACUAGAUCCUUUCCUUUGCCCCUUUUGAUGUAUACGGACAAGUCAUGUACAAGCCAAUGUUUAUUCCGGCUUACAUCCUACGAAGUACAAGGGAGAAAGAACAUUUCUGAACAGGUAAAGAUAGUACGCAUGGGUUAGUCCGGUCUCGUAGCUCUCGAAGUUAGCUAACAGGGCUCAGUUGUUUUUAAUUCCUUUAAUAAAAUAGCUUA